AUGAAAACACGCAAUCACCGGAUAGACAAUUUGCUCCAACUCAGAGAAGUACGAAUACUUAUCCAAGUGAUCAACGGCAUCUUCGACAAUCAGAGUAACAGCUUCGUAGUUACGAUCAGCAAGGGCGUACGCAAUUAAGUAACGAACACUUUUCGCGAUUUCCAAGCGACCAACCAGCUUUUUCUGUAGAGGAGCCUUCUCAUUGAGAGCAAAAUCAAUCCUCAGAAUUCGAUAACAGCUCAACUGGUCCAAAAUAUGAAGCAGGUGCCGUUGGAAGAAUGGUUCAGAUGUUGAAGAAAUUAUUUCUGAAAUUUCUCUUGCCUCGGAAUUCACAGAUUCCUCAAAGAAAUUGGAGCAUUGGUUGGAGAGUUGCUCCAAGAGCUCGCUAUUAGGAAAAUAUAGUUUUGCCAAAACCAUUGCAUCCAAUUUAAAUCCAUGAGCAGCCAUUUCAGCUAUUGCUGAUUUGCGACGCGCCGUUGGACCAGCCAUAAAAUCACAUAUAAGUACGGUAAUAGUAGCCGCUUCCAACAUCUCUGGAGUUGGAGAGCCACCACGCGACAAUCGCAGCAUUACACCCAUUUUGUAGUCAUCCCAUACUUCUGGACCGCCUGAAAAAUAAAUUGAAAACAGACGCAAACAACAAGAAAAAGAGGAGAGAGAGAUAUCCUCACCUUUGGAACAACGUAGCUGGAGCAGAUCAUGCUCAUAAUUGUUAUCUUCACACAACUUUUGAGCGAAUGUGGUAACGUUCAGCAUAAGACAGGUGUCAAUGAGAGAUACUAAUUCUCGAGAACGACAAUGCUCAUUACGUUCAUAGAUUUCCAAAUAGCUUCGUUGCAAAUGUUUAACUAUGUCUUGUGCUGA